UCGCCCCGGUAUCCACGAACUGCGGGUCCCAAAAACCACGAAUGAUAUCGCGAAGCAUGCUCUACGAAUAUGCAGUGGAUGUGAUCAUAUAAAGUGUGUGUGUCUGUGUGUGUUAUGUACUGACAAAAGUGGAUUCUGACAUGCCUUGCACAUAAUGCGCGCCAAGUUCAUCGAUGCUCUAGUGCCUUGAGGCAAUAUGAAAGUGAAGCGGGGUCUAGACGUGAGGCUGAUAGCCUUGUGUACCACGUGCUUCCUGCUGCCCGCCAUCGCCUGCCCCACCCAGUGCAUAUGCAAGUGGAAGAACGGCAAACGGUACGUCGAAUGCACCGACAAAGACUUGAAGGCGAUCCCCAACUCCUUAGACUCCGAAACUCAAGUCCUCGAUUUCACCGGUAAUGAUCUGCAAGUUCUACAAAAGGAAACGUUCCACAAACUAGGGCUGUUGGACUUACAGAAAAUUUAUCUGCAGAGAUGUCGCUUGCAGAAAAUCGAUAACCAUGCCUUCAGGGGACUCGCGAACCUAGUCGAGUUGGAUCUCUCCAAUAAUUAUAUUACUGUCAUCCCGUCGAACAACUUCGUAUUUUUUCCAUCUCUAAUGAGGUUGUCGCUGAGCAACAAUCCUAUUACGAGCAUAAAGAUGCACUGCUUCCAACAUCUCUCCUACCUCAAUACGUUAGAACUGAGCAAUUGCAAAAUUGAGAACGUCGAGCCGGAAGCUUUCUCCGGCCUGAAGCAUUUGGAAUGGCUGCGGCUGAACGGCAAUAGAUUAUCCAACGUUCAAGGCGAUAAUUUAUUUCCCGACACGUUGCGGGGCAUCGAUCUCCAAAACAAUAAUUGGAAUUGCGAUUGUAAUUUGAGAGAUUUACAUAACUGGCUGUCGAAUUUCAAUAUGCCACACGCGGUCGAGCCCAUCUGCUCCCUACCUGAGCGUUUGAAAAAACGAACCAUCACGAGCGUAAAUGAAUUCGAUCUAGCUUGCCUGCCGAAACUGGCCCCUACCACUGUAUAUAUAGAAACGAACGUCGGGAACAACGUGACCCUCGAGUGUAUCGUGAAGGCCGUGCCGGAGGCCAAGCUACAGUGGUUCUAUCAAGGACAACUUAUUCGGAAUUAUUCAACGUCCGCGGCGGAGCCUCAUCACGUAUUUUACGUGGAAAGCGGUGUCAUCGACAAGAAGAGUGAGUUAUACAUUUUCAAUAUCGGGAACGAUGAUAACGGCACGUACUCCUGUGUCGCGGAGAACUCUGCAGGAAAGGUCCGCGCGAACUAUACGAUAAAGAUUCUAGUGAAAGAGGAACCCGUGGUUAUCGUGGUCACGUUCCCUCAUAGACACGUAGUGGUGAUAAUAACGGUAGUAUUUUUAAUUAUAGUAUUAUUAAUAGCAAUAAUAGCAGUCGUAUUAUUAAAAUUUAAAACGGACACGAGAAGCAGGAAGAAGAAAGAGAGCGGAAAGGACGUAGCGCUGUGCAAUCAAAUUUUGCCGUCUAGUAGAAACAAUGGAUCGCUGCCCAAGAACAACGGCAGCGUUAUAGUGAACGCUCAUUCGCAUCACGCUCUACAUUACACGGUACAGACGAAUCGAGAGUACGAGCCGAGCGAUGCGUACCAAAGCAAUAAUAUGAAAGGCUUCGUCGACAGGAAUCCUGACCUAAUUAGCGACGCGGAAACUGUCGCUAACAAUGCUCAGAAUGAGAACACAGCGCUCUCAGUGUACAAAGCGCAAACUGCAAAUGACACCUUUCAAGAGGAGACCGCGUUUACCGCUCAAACAGCGCCACGGCAAGUCACGUGGCAGGAUCAACAGACGCUGACGAGCAUGCCUCCCAUUAGCAUGCCGCCUAACGCUAUGUACCAACACUCGGCCGACGUGCACCUCAACCCCGGCUGUUUCCUAGACAGCGACGGUUAUCCAUACGACUACGGCCUUCCGAAACACCCUUGUCAACGACCUCCGCUCAUGUCAAACUAUUCCGUGGUCGGACCGUUCUACCAAACUCUUCCCCACAAUAGACCGAAAGGGCAAAAGUUAGUAUGCAAAUUCGCAAAAGAUAAUGAGUUUAACGCGGCGGCGCCAACGUGCCCCAAUUUCGAGGUAUUUAACGGAACUAAUGUACGCCGUACUUUGGAAGGCUAUCCGGUACCUCGGAACCGGCCAAUCGCAUUCGUCGGGAACGGAACUGUGUAUUAUAACGAGGAAUUCGUACCUUCGCCUCCAGAAGGUUACAAGACUGAGCCGAUUCAGUGCUGUGCGUCAACCGAAACGUGUUCAAACUGGAACCCGAAAGGGACUUGUGCCGUAAUGGUGCCGAUGGGAAUGCCCGAAGGUCCUGGAAGGUGUUAUCAAGUGGAAACUAGGUGUGUCGAUACGCAGACGACGGACGCUCGGAUGCCUGGAGAAGGAGCUGAUAACGUGCUAAAACCACUGCCACAAGUAUCAAACGCCAAAUGUGCUUCAGAUAUCUGUUCAGAAAGCCCCGACGAGGGGUAUGUGGGGGAUGCGAACGACAUCUGACGACGUCGUCGCAACGAUAACGCGUAAACAGGGCAAUUUAGACGCUACUAAAGUGAUAAAGCGACUGAAUAUGAGAAUAGUAUUGUACAUACGCUUACUGAGUAUACACGGACAGAACGUUUCUGUGUAAUGUGCACAAUCACUCGUGUUAAGAAUCAAAUUCUUGUACAUCAUAAUGUUUUAUACAUACUCAUUUCUAUUAUAUUUUUAUAGGCGAAUAAAAUGUAAGCUUA